CAAGUGGGAGGCACAACGAAAGGAAACCAGAGCGGACGAAAACAUUGUCGCCCGAUUGGAGCUUUCCUUUGGGUGUGUGAACAGUGGGCCAGUUGCCAAGAAAAGCCACCCCUUCGUUGGUGACAAAUAAACAAAAACUCUGUGUAGAGAUUAGGCCGAUCCAGACGUUAAUGGGAAAUGGAAAAGCGAAGUGGAACGCCGAUAAAUAGCCAAAAGUUUCGAAAACUUAGCGAUGUGGACAUGAUGGAGGUGCAGCUGAGCAAUUUGGAGGACUCCAGUGCCAAGGACACGGCGGGAGAAGGCAGCUUCCAGGGCAGUGACCAGAAUAAUCCCGAGCAGCAGACGAAAUGGUUCAGAUCCAGACUCUUCCUCAUAUCCGUUGUUUUCUCGGCCCUCUUGAUUACCGCCAUGUGUAUUGGCUUCGUGGUGCACUACGGGAUGUCCGGCGAUGUGGGCGACAUGGAGACGGUGACCUACUGGCCCGUAGAUCUGCCCAAGGAGCAGCAGGAGUGGUACGACCAAGGAAUCGAUGAGCUCCAGAAGGCCGUUUCCAGGCAGUUCAAUCGCCGGCGAGCCAAGAACGUGAUCCUGUUCGUGGGCGAUGGUAUGGGUCCGAAUACGGUGACAGCAGCGCGGAUACUCGGAUUCAAGGAGGAGGGACUCCUCCGUUGGGAGCAGUUCGCGGACAUGGGACUUCUGAAGACCUACUGCGCCGACAAGCAAGUACCGGACUCGUUCUCCACGGCCACAGCUCUCUUUGGGGGAGUAAAGGUGAACUACGAAACUGGUGGAGUCGAUGCGAACGUACCUUUGGGGAACUGCACCGCAUCCUUGAAGGAGGACCACCAUGUGCAGACGAUCCUCAAAUGGGCCCAGGUGGACGGCAUGCGAACGGGUUUCGUGACCACAACCCGGGUGACGCAUGCCACUCCGGCUGCCCUCUACGCCCACGUGCCGGAUCGCCGAUGGGAGUGUGAAACCGGAAUGCCAGCAGCGGCUCAGGGUGAGGGAUGCAUGGACAUAGCUCGCCAGCUGAUCGAACAGCCGACGGGUCAGAGGAUUAACGUAAUAAUGGGCGGUGGUCGUCAGAUGCUGGUCUCAGAUGUGACCGGUUCAGCAGCCGAUCCGCUGGAUACUUGGGCCAGUCAGUCGAGGGAUGGGCGAGAUCUCAUCCAGGAUUGGAGGCGAAAGAAAGAGGACGAGGGAGUGUCACAUGCGGUAGUCCAGAACAACCGAGAGCUGUGGAAUCUCAAUGGCCAGGAUACUGACUACGUACUUGGCAUUUUCGCCAAUGGUCACCUAAUGUACGACCACGAACGAGACCGAAGUGACUCCGGCAUGCCCUCGUUGUCCAAUAUGACCCGCAAGGCGCUCGAGGUCCUGGGCAACAGUGAUAAGGGGUUCCUACUCGUGGUGGAAGCCGGUCUAAUCGACCAAGCCCAUCACAGAGGAAACGCUCGAAAGGCGCUAAGUGAGGUGCUCGAACUAAACGCGGCCGUUGAGGGCACACUGUCCUUCCUCAAGACAACGGAUCGCCUGGACGAAACCCUCGUCAUUGUGACCGCCGACCACUCGCACAGCCUGACCAUCAAUGGACACCCCGAUCGGGGAUCCAGCAUACUGGGCUUGGCGGGAAAGUCAAAGACAGAAGGGACGCCGUACACCACGCUGACCUAUGGCACCAGCUACCAGGGGUUUCAGGUGGAUCCUAACACCCAGAACCGCAGGGAUCCAACGGUUGACGAUAUUACCGACUGGGGGUACACCCAGCAGGCAGCAAUAAACACGGACGAGAAUCUGCACGGUGGCUCGGAUGUCACGAUUCACGCCGAGGGUGCCAUGUCCUACUUGUUCCACGGGGUCCACGAACAGAGCUACGUGGCGCACGCCAUCUCGUACGCCUUGAGGAUCGGACGGUUCCGGGAUAGCUCCAUUGCCGAAACUCUGGCCGAGCUGACGCCCAUAUAGAAGGCCACUUUGAUAUAUUCCUAAGGAAAUUAUUCUCGCCAAGCUUACAAAUUAGACUUAAGUAUUGGGCCGCCGAAGUGGGGCCUGAAAAUGCAGUGAAAAACUAAGCUGAUUACAUUGAAGGAUUUUAUAGAAUGAGAUCGCUGAAUAAAUUUUAAUUUGAAGAGAAAACACUCAAGACUUACUCUGUCAUCUUAUGUUCCUUAUCUUUAAUGAAUUCCCAUUAUCUAGACAGCCAAAAUUAGAACUGCCCUAGAAGC